AUGAUUGAAGAUGUUCUAAAGAACAAACCUGGCGGAGAGAGGAUCAUCAAUGAGUAUGCUCGGACAAAAAGCCUAACAGAUAGCAGACGACGUGACAUGGUCAAGAUAUUGGUUGCGCAUAUGACAAGUGAACAUGGGACAAGUCCUCCAAGGCGUGUCAAAGAGGACUACGCAAAGGGGAUCAUCAACUUGUUCCCAUACCUGGCUGAUCCAAGGAGCAACAUCACAAUUUUGGGAGUAAACCAAGGACAAUCUAAUAGAAAGUGUGUAUUUUACAUUACUAUAAGUUUAGCAAUUAUGGGAAUUGUUUCAGGGUUUUAUCUCCCAGCUAUCACAAUGUUCAGUAUCUACUUAAAGAUUCUGUUGGUGGCACAGAGACAGGCACACAGCAUCCAGAACACAACCUGUCAGAGCACAAAGUCUGAAAUUAAGAAAGAGAGAAAGGCCACCAAAACUCUGGCUAUUGUAAUGGGAGUUUUUCUUAUCUGUUGGACUCCUUACUUUCUUUGUAUGACCUUUAACCCUUUGAGUAAUUACACGAUACCUGUUUCUGUGAUUGCAGCAUUUAAGUGGCUUGGAUGGUCAAAUUCAAUGCUCAAUCCAUUGAUCUAUGCUUUCUUUUACAGCUGGUUUCGAUCAGCUUUCAGAAUGAUGAUUUCCGGGAAAAUAUUUCAAGGUGAUUUCACUCAUUCUAAGCUCUUUUGA